ACCGAACCUGCUUUACAGCUCAAAUCGUCGUCCGUAGAAACGCAUGUUGAUGCCACACCCAGCGGCACGCGGGCUUCUCACAAACGCCUCGUGGCCAAGGUCGCGCGAGUCGCCGGGCUGGGCGGGCGGGCGUGCCUCGGGGAAUCGCCGUCCCGCCUCCGGGCGAGCAGAGCCCCGCCCCGCGCACCGCCCGGGCCCGCCCACGGUCAAGAUGGUCCCUGGUCCCGCCCGCGGGCCACUCUGCAGGGACCGCGAUCCCGGGCCAGCUUCCGACGAUGGAGAGGAGGGCUCGGAGCUCCUCCAGAGAGGCCCGCGGGAGAGGCGCCGGAUCCCCCCACAGGGAGGACAGGAGGGCGAAGACCCAGAGGGGCGGCGGUGGCCGUGGGCGCCGGGACGCCGGGCGGGAGCGGGCGGGCAGCCGGGGGGAGCCCCCAGCGCCCGCAGCCACCGUGGUGGACGUGGAUGAGGUCCGCGGCUCCGGUGAGGAGGGCACCGAGGUGGCGGCGCUGCUGGAGAGCGAGCGGCCCGAGGAAGGUACCAAGUCUUCAGGUUUAGGUGCCUGUGAAUGGCUUCUUGUCCUCACAUCCCUGCUCUUCGUCAUUGUGACCUUCCCUUUUUCUAUCUGGUUCUGCAUAAAGGUUGUACAGGAGUAUGAGAGAGUAAUAAUAUUCCGACUGGGACAUCUACUUCCUGGAAGAGCCAAAGGCCCUGGCCUUUUCUUCUUUCUGCCCUGCCUGGAUACCUACCACAAGGUCGACCUUCGUCUCCAAACCUUGGAGAUACCCUUUCAUGAGGUUGUGACCAAAGACAUGUUUAUAAUGGAGAUAGAUGCCAUCUGCUACUACCGAAUGGAAAAUGCCUCUCUUCUCCUGAGCAGUCUUGCUCACGUGUCCAAAGCUGUCCAGUUUCUUGUGCAAACCACCAUGAAGCGUCUCCUAGCACAUCGCUCCCUCACUGAGAUUCUUCUAGAGAGGAAGAGCAUUGCCCAAGAUAUGAAGGUGGCCUUGGAUUCAGUGACCUGUAUCUGGGGAAUCAAAGUGGAGAGAACAGAAAUUAAGGAUGUGAGGCUGCCGGCCGGGCUCCAGCACUCACUGGCUAUGGAAGCCGAAGCGCAGAGACAGGCCAGAGCGCGGGUGAUCGCUGCGGAAGGGGAGAAGGCCGCCUCCGAGUCCCUGAGAACAGCAGCUGAGAUCCUAGCGGGCACUCCGGCUGCCGCUCAGCUGCGAUACCUCCACACGCUCCAGUCCUUGUCCACAGACAAACCUUCCACAGUGGUUUUGCCUUUGCCGUUUGACUUGCUAAAUUUCCUGUCUUCCCCCAGCAACAGAGCUCAAGGAAGCCUCCCCUUACCAAAUCCUUCCAGACCUGUUGAGCCACCAAAUCCUAAAAAGAAAGACUCUCCCAUGUUAUAGGAAGAGCCAAGGGUAACGUGACUGGAAGGGGCCUGACUUAUAACAGCCACAUCCCUGAGUCAGGCACUCUGUCCUCACCUCCUGCCCUUUCUUUGGUUGCCAUAUGGAAUGCCCUUGGAAUGCACACAGUCACAAUUCAGGAAUCUGCAUGAGAAGACGAUGAGAUGAUGUAAUGACAGAGAAACCAUAUAACAGGUUUAGAUGCCUCAUUUAAUCAGAGUAAUUAUGGGAAAGAGCUUUAGCCAACAUUCUACUUUGGAAAGACCCAAAGAUGUGGGUCAAAUGUGCUCCGUAGCCCUUUCUACCUGCCCCUAUUAUUGUGUUCAUCACACUUUACUGUAAUCUUGUACUUAAGAUUCAGGCUUCUCUCCAACCAUACUAUGAACUCCUCACAGGCACGUCUUGGUCAUUUUCUCCCUGACCACACUCAACCUUGUAUGUUCUACCCUAUAUUCACAUCUAACCUUGAUAAUUGCACCAUAGUGACACUUGAAUAUUCCUGAGUAAAAGAAAAAAAAUAAGAUACACUUGGUCUGGAUAUAAAGUUUACACCUAAUUAAAGAAUUUAAAAGGA